AUGCGCCUGCUAAACACCAAAACUCUAGUACUCGAGGAUUUCUUCGAAGAUGCGACUCCAGCUUAUGCUAUCCUAUCGCACACUUGGGAGACGGAAGAAGUGACUUAUCAAGACAUGCAAGGAAUUAUGAAAGGGACAACUAAUCCUCAGGAAGUCCGGUUAGGCUAUAGCAAGAUUCAGCAUUGCUGCAAACAAGCUGAUAAAGAUGGUUACGAUUAUGUCUGGAUUGACACGUGCUGCAUCGACAAAAGUAGCAGUGCUGAGCUUUCGGAAGCUAUCAAUAGCAUGUAUGUCUGGUACCAAAAUGCUGCUAUCUGCUAUGCCUAUCUUUCUGACGCUAAAAUAUUCCUUCGAGUCACGUCAGUUUUUGGAACGCAAUUGUUUAAUGAUGAAGCCGGGAUCGAUUUCGAGGAACUGUUACGAGAUUGCAGAUGGUUUACCAGAGGUUGGACUCUACAAGAGUUGAUCGCCCCUUCACGAGUUGAUUUCUACGAUCAGAACUGGGAGUUGAUUGGCGAGAAAGGUCAAUUGAGUUGUGUUCUCUCUCGGAUAACCGGAAUCGACAAUGAGACUUUGGCAGGGGGAAAUGUGAAGGAGGUCAGCGUCGCUAAGAGGAUGUCUUGGGCUUCGAAAAGGGUGACAACAAGAGCUGAGGAUAUUGCGUACUGCCUGCUGGGCAUAUUUGGCGUUAACUUACCUUUACUAUACGGCGAGGGCAAAAAAGCCUUCACUCGUCUCCAGGAGGAAAUUAUGAAGAAUUCGGACGAUCAAUCACUGUUUGCUUGGGAGGAGAGUCCUCAAAUGGACAGCAUUCCUCAUGACCAGGAAGUUGCUAUCACCAUUACCACAGAUGACGACCAAGAACCAGAAGUGAUUCUUCCUCGGUAUCAUGCCACCGAAAGCUCCGAGAGUCGACGAAGAGGUUUGAGCGGAUUCCUCGCACCGUCGCCUGGGAAUUUCGAAAAUGCUGGCUCCAUUGUGCCAUAUCGAAAUUGGGAAAUCUCUACACCUUACUCAAUGACAAAUCAAGGUUUGCGUGUGCAAUUGGAAAUCAUCCGGUAUGGGGAAACCGACGACUACAUCGGAAUCCUACAAUGUCACUACGAAGACAAUUAUCUUGGCCCCCUCGGCGUAUACAUUCGGUCAAUAGUCUCUGCCAGAGGCGACCAGUUUGCUCGAGAUACUUUCCGCCUCAAACCGGUGAUCGUUGUACCUGAGCAUGUAGCUCUUGCAAAGCUGAGGACAAUAUACAUUAGACAAGAAAUACUGCUCCCUAGUGCGAGAGACUAUGAUCGCACGAAUCAGUUCCUAAUUCGGACGAUGCCAAGAGAAGAUUAUGAGCUUACCAAGGUCGAACCACACGGGGCAUGGCACGAAACACAAAGAAUUCUUCGCUGUUCUGAAGGUGGCUAUCUGUACUUCACUUGCAACCCUAGAGGCUACACCACGGUGCCACUCCCGUUCGUCGUUGUAUUGAGAGCCUUCGAUGAUGACACAACUAAUAUAGGGUUACCCGAGUACUCCUGUCAAAUUUUCAUACCUCGCGACGAUGAAGAAUGGGAAGAGAAGCUUUCGAAAGCUCCUUCGCCUAUCGAUUAUAAUUCUGGCACAGCAGUUUCGCACAGCUCGCAAAUGGACCUCAAUCCGUGGGACCAUUCGAAUAGGUUAACUGCACUUGCAAAAAUUAGCAAAGAGAAAUUCAUGGGACAAACAAUGAUGGUCGUUGAUAUUGAUAUCAGAUCCGUUCGACUCCGACGGAUUCCUUUCUUCGCGACUGACCCCUCUGCAACUUCGGAAGAGUUGCUUGAUGAUCGGGCUUGGCCUGCUCAAAGUACAAAAACGGAUAUUUAG